AUGGAGCACAUUACACUACCAGGCGAGGCGUGCUUCACGCUCUCAGAGGCAAAGAAACUUGCCGAAAGAAUCAACAAGCGGGGCGUGGGCAAGGUCAAUGACAUUCGCGGGGUAUGGAUGCAUUACGUCCGUCUGAGACGCCCAGAUCGCGACGCCGUGAAGAAAGCCGAAUCACAGCUCCAGCAGCUUCUGCCGGGUGUUGUGAAUUCGAAUGCCGCGGACAUCUUGGUGCCAAAGCCAGCAAGCUUUUCUCAACUCUACUACGUCACCCCACGAAAUAUAUCCCCCUGGAGCUCCAAGGCCACUAGCAUUGCAGAGGUGUGCGGUCUCAAAGAUGUCCAACGCAUCGAAAGGGGUCGUGCCAUCGUGGUCAAUUUUGCUGAGCCCACUGAUGCCCAAAACAUCUCUUUUAAGGAUGUUUUAUACGACCGAAUGACCGAGAACAUCAGCACCACUGAGCCCGACUUGGAUCAGAUGUUCGCAGAAGGCCAGCCAUGCCCACUAGAAGUCAUCGACUUGUGGGCUACAGGGUCGACCCCUAUCGAGAUUUUGAAAGUCUAUAACAAUGAACGUGGCCUUGCCCUGGAUCAAUUAGAAAUGGAAUAUCUAGUCCAGGCCUAUUCUCAACUAGGAAGACCGCCUUAUGAUAUCGAGUUAUUCAUGUUUGCACAAGUAAACUCCGAGCACUGCCGACAUAAGCAAUUCAAUGCCAAUUGGACAAUUGAUGGCCUGAAUAUGGGAAAGAGUCUGUUUGAAAUGAUUCGAAACACCCACACUCAAAACCCACGAUUUACUGUUUCCGCCUAUAGCGACAAUGCUGCGGUUUUGCAAGGAGAAAUGGCAAGCUUUUGGGCUCCAGACUAUUCCACUGGUAGUUGGAGACAGACGAAGGAGAGAGUGCAUUUCCUCGCCAAGGUCGAAACACACAACCACCCGACAGCCAUCUCUCCGUUCCCUGGAGCAGCGACUGGCUCGGGUGGUGAAAUUCGAGAUGAAGGUGCCGUGGGAAGAGGUUCAACUCCUAAGGCUGGGCUUUGCGGCUUCUGGGUUUCGGAUCUCUUGAUUCCUGAUCACAACGCACCUUGGGAAAUCGAUAUUGGCAAACCCGCGCAUUACGCCAGCAGUUUAGAUAUCAUGUUAGAAGCACCUAUUGGCAGUGCAAGGUUUAACAACGAAUUCGGCAGGCCGUGCUUGACCGGCUGCUUCCGCACUCUACUGGUCGAAACUGACGCUGGAAGUGAUGGGAAGGAGGCACGUGGAUAUCACAAACCUAUCAUGAUCGCUGGUGGUAUUGGUACUGUCAGACCCCAGCAUGCCCUCAAGAAUGGUCGAGAUGUAAAAGAUGGAGCGCAUGUCAUUGUCCUCGGUGGGCCUGCCAUGUUGAUCGGACUUGGUGGCGGUGCAGCCUCCAGUAACGCUUCUGGAGAAGGUUCUGUCGAGCUGGACUUUGAUAGCGUUCAACGAGGCAACCCAGAGAUGGAACGUCGAGCCCAGAUGGUCAUCAAUGCUUGUGUGGCUUUAGGCGACAACAGCCCAAUCGCAUUCAUUCACGACGUUGGCGCUGGGGGGUUGUCAAACGCAUUACCCGAGCUUGUAAACGACGCUGGGUACGGCGGACAAUUCGAACUCAGACAAGUGGAGAGCGCCGAUAGUAGCAUGAGUCCUUUGCAAAUCUGGUGCAACGAAGCACAAGAAAGAUACGUAUUGAUUGUUAAUAGCGAGGGCCUCAAUCGAUUCACUAGCAUUGCAAAUCGAGAACGGUGUGGGUUCUCGGACGUUGGAAAGGUAUUGGCGAAGGAUGAGGAGGGCGUGUCGAGACUUGUGGUCACUGAUCGGGACUCCAAAGAAUACCCACGACCCAUCGAUCUGCCCAUGCCAACACUAUUUCCGAAAGGGAGGAAGUUGGAUCGGAUCGUCCAGUCGAGGAAACCCGUUCUCAAGUCUUUUGAUGCCGAGAAGUCCUUCGUGGAUGCGUAUCCUCAAAUCCCAGAGCAUGACCUUUUAAGAAAGGCCAUUGAACGUGUUCUUACUGUUCCAGCUGUCGGCUCAAAGUCGUUUCUCAUCACGAUUGGCGAUCGUACUGUCGGAGGAAUGACUGUUCGAGAUCAGAUGGUUGGCCCGUGGCAGACACCAGUAGCAGACGUCGCUGUGACUGCGACAUCACUGAACAUAGGUGACCAAAUUAAGACUGGUGAGGCUUUUAGUAUGGGAGAAAAACCUACUCUGGCUCUUAUCUCACCGGCAGCUUCGGCAAGGAUGGCAGUUGCAGAAAGCUUAAUGAAUUUGGCUGCUGCUCACAUCCUUGGCGAUUUGCCACGAGUUCGACUUUCAGCAAACUGGAUGGCAGCUGUUAACCAUCCUGGCGAAGGUGCUGCACUCUAUGAAGCGGUACAUGCUAUUGGGAUGGAGUUGUGCCCCAAACUUGGAAUUAGCAUCCCUGUUGGCAAAGACUCGACAUCUAUGAAGGCUUCCUGGAAAGACCAAAAGACUGGGGAGGCAAAAGCCGUCACCGCACCUACAACGGUGGUGAUUUCUGCUUUUGCUCCGGUCGCGAACGUUAGAAAUACGUGGACCCCUACUCUCCGAAGACUAGAGGAUGUUGGAGAAACUAUUUUGAUGUACGUUGAUCUUGCAGGAGGUCAUAAGGCCUUGGGAGGUUCUGCACUGGCACAAGCAUUUGGUCAACUAGGAGAUGAGGCACCUGAUGUCAGAGAUCCAGAUCUCAUAAUCGACUACUUUGACGCAGUUACCCAAUUACACGAAUCUGGGAUUGUUCUGGCGUAUCAUGAUAUCUCAGACGGUGGCCUCCUCACUACAAUCGCUGAGAUGAUGUUCGCCGGUCGAUGUGGCGCCGAACUUAUGAUUGAUGGAUUUACCAAAAGUGAUUCAGUAUCUGAUGUAGUGGCAUCCCUCUUCAAUGAGGAGCUUGGCGCAGUCUUCCAAGUCCGCAAAUCUGAUGAGAUCAAUUUCAUCAGAUGUUUCGCUACCUGUGGCCCUCCUCCGAGGUUGAUUAGAAAGAUCGGCCGUGUACCCGAGGCUUCGAAACAGAAGCUCUCUAUCCGGUAUGGCCAAAAGUCUCUUCUCCGCAUGGAUCGCACCGAGCUCCAGCAAUGCUGGGCCAGCACAUCCUACCAAAUGCAGCGUAUUCGAGAUAACAUCGAGUCCGCUGAUGCCGAGUUUGACAAUAUCAAGGAUGAUCAGGACCCGGGACUCUAUUACAAGCUCACAUUCGAUCCGAAAGAAAAUAUCCUUCCUCUUACGGCAACUAUUACCGCCGCAUUUGCCAAACCUCCGCGCGUUGCCAUCCUUCGUGAGCAAGGCGUUAAUGGUCACGCUGAGAUGGCAUUCGCUUUCAAGGCCGCGGGAUUCGACCCCAUCGAUGUGCACAUGACUGAUAUAAUAGGUGGCCGAAGCCUUUCCGAUUUUGUUGGCAUAGCAGCCUGUGGUGGCUUUUCUUACGGGGAUGUUCUAGAUGCAGGUCAAGGCUGGGCAAAGUCAAUCCUUAUGCAUGAAGAGAAUGCUCGUCCCGAAUUCCAGAAAUUCUUCGCCCGUCCUGACACUUUUGCUCUCGGCGUCUGCAAUGGCUGCCAAAUGCUAACUCGAAUUGCGGAACUCAUUCCUGGGACCUCCCACUGGCCUCUAUUCAUUGAAAACCAAAGCGAACAAUUCGAAGCGAGAGUCAGCAUGGUCAAGAUCGAGGAUAAUAGUAAGAACCCGUCAGUCUUCCUACAUGGAAUGCAUGGCUCCUCUCUUCCAAUCGCUGUCUCUCACGGCGAGGGAAGAGCCAGUUUCAAGCAUUCGUCUGAUCUUGAGGCUAUGAAUGCCGACGGCUUGAUUCCAAUUAGAUAUACGGAUAAUAGAGGCCGAGCCACAAACAGAUAUCCAUUCAACCCCAAUGGGAGCCCGGAGGGCAUCGCGGGGGUUAGGAAUUUGGAUGGAAGAGUUAUGGCGCUAAUGCCACAUCCGGAACGCACGAUCAUGGCUGAUGUCGGUAGCUAUGUGCCUAAGGAAAGAGUAGAGGAGUGGGGUGAAUUUGGCCCUUGGGUGAGAAUGUUUAGAAGUGCAAGACGAUGGGUUGGUUGA